AUGGACGGAUUGAGGCCAGGAUGGGCAGUGAAGGCGAUCGUAGUGAUAAUACUCACAUCGAUUCUGUUCCGUUGCGUCUCCGCAACCAAUCACUCCGUCGGUGGAUCCGCCGGCUGGGAUUUGGCUUCAGAUCUCCGAGCCUGGUCUGCUGCUACCACCUUUCACGUCGGUGACUCUCUCGUGUUCACGUACACUCCGCUUCACGAUGUGUUGGAAGUGGACGAAUCGGAUUUCGAGUUGUGUCUCAUAUCACACCCAAUCAGCGCGCACCGUGACGGUAAUACCGUGAUCCCGCUGAGCCAGACGGGCGCCAGGUACUUCAUCUGCGGCCGACUCGGGCACUGCGACAUGGGCCUUAAACUCCAACUCCAAGUCCUCCCUCAGCUCACCACCAAUGCAACCGAUGCUGGUUCUAACGAUGAUGACGGCAAUAGCGGUAGCGGUGACGAUGGCGAUGGUGAAACAGGGCAGCACCAUGGAGGUGGAGGUGGAGGUGGAGGUGGACAUGGAAGACGCUAUCCUCCACCUCCUCCACCUCACAGUCAUGGAAGCCAACCUCCACCGCCAAAUGUGAAACCCGACCCGGUCGUUGAUCAGCCCUCAGCGCAUGUGCCGCCGCCUGCUCCUUCCCCUUGUAAAGCUUCUGGUGCGUGCCACGUGGAGGAAUUGAACUGGUGGUGCUUACCCUUGAUUACGCUGCUGCUGAUUAUCUCUUCUCGGCCCCGCGAAACGCUGUGUUUCUUGUUCACUUCUUUACAUCUCGCGAUCUGA